ACAUUUCCUUCUAAUUAAUAUCCAACUCCGUCGCUUUAAAUUCAAAUCAAUCGUGCAAUUUUAUACAUGACAUUUCAGUGUUUAACACAGUGAUUGCAUUUUGUCCGCACAUGAGAAGAAUCGAAGAUGUCCAAAUCAAGUUCAUUCUCUAUUGAUGUAUUAUUAAGACCGGAUAAAAAGGAGAACAAAGCGAAGGAAAGUUGUGAUGCUGACACAGAAAUCAAAAGAAAGGAUUUCAAUAAAGAAAUAAAUGCAGACGCCGUCAUGAAACAGACGGAAAUAACUGGGAACAAGACAAGAAGAGCAAGGACAGCGUUUACACAACGUCAAUUAUCAAUGAUGGAGAGAGCAUUUACAAGAACUCACUAUCCCGAUGUCUUUAUGCGUGAGCGAUUGGCUUCAUUUACUAAUCUCCCAGAAUCUAGAAUACAGGUAUGGUUCAAGAAUCGACGUGCAAAACAUAGAAAACUGGAAUCUCAGUACCCACUUCAACUUAUUCACCCCACUUUAUCAUCGUUUAAAAAAUGUACGGUGCCUUUGAGUAACGAAGAGUUGUAUUUAACACAAGAUAGUAAACAGAUAUUAUUUAAACCGAAUGUAUUACUUACACAUCAACCAAUUCAGACAUACAUGAACAUUGCCUAUGCUCGAAGAAACAGACAAAUAUUGCCCUUGUAUCGUCCAACUGCUCUUGCUGAAUCUUCUCAAGAUCCUAGUGAAAGUUGUACUGCACGGAUAAAUUCAUGGAUAUAAUUGUGGAAGAAUGAUUCUUAAAAAAGAAUGAUGUUUAGAGAACCCUACGUUGUAUAAAAAACAGCCUUGUAAAUAUUUAAACUAUUUAUAUGCUGUAAGCGUCAUAGACAUUGAAUGAAGAAUCAGCUUUACCCUCCAUAAAUGGUCAGUCGAUUCCAGGAAAUGUUAUAAUAAUCUGUAUUUUAUAAAUCACUUGCCGUCAGUAAAUUCCAAGAAAUGCCAUUAUAAACUGUAUAUUUUAUAAAUCUUUGUGUAAAUGAUUAAAAAAAGUUCAUAUUAUUGCAAAGAAA